GAGAUGGAAGUGCCCACCCCCUCCAAAACACUUAAGCUUCCUGAUCUCAAUGAAGAGUCUUUGGACCCUAGGAUUAUGAUUGCCUUAUUUGAAAUUGGAUCACUUCCCCCAGUUUCUUGCAGUUCUCUUCCUUCGCUAAAAAGUAGUGACCAUGAAGCAAUUGAACAGCGAAUUGCAAAGAAGUUUGAAAGCCUCUUAAAAGAAAUUAAAGAUAUUGUUAAACACGUGACAAGUUAUGAACAGAAGGUCACAGAAACAAAAGAAUCUUUUAAGGAAACCAACAUGUCUGAGGUGACAGAACUUAGAGAAAAAAUCAUAGAACUUGAUGAAAUAAAUAAAGUACUAGUGAAAAAACUGCUUGCUAGUUUGGACCUAGGGAAAAAAGAGAAUGCAAAGAAACAGGAGAUGAGGUUGGACAACCAGAACUCAGAGGACACAGUGCAAGACUGUUCAAGGGAUUUGGUAAAUUGUUCAAAAGGACAAAACGCCCUUCCUGAAACUCAGCUAAGUAAGGAAAAAGCAAAGCACAGAUUCCCUCACAUUCAAGAAGAAAAUAUCAGACUGAGGAACAACAUGGAGCAGUUACUACAGGAAGCGGAACACUGGAGUGUGGAACAUACCGAACUCAGCAAACUAAUCAAGUCCUACCAGGAAUCUCAGAAUGACAUCAAUACUCUUAAAAAUAAUGGCACCCAUUCCCUAACUCAAACAAACAAUGAGUCAGCUAAGCAAGAGCUGGAGGAACAAGUGAAGAGACUGAGACGAGACACAUAUUCAUUGCAUUUGAUUGCAACCUUGCUGGAGAAUGAAUGCCAGAUCUUAGAGCAGAGAGUAGAGCUGCUCGAUGAACUCCGUCACCAGAAGGAAGAGCCUCUGCAAGGGGAGCCAGUGCAAAUAAAUCACGAGCAGAACGACAAGGAACAGAAGCCGCCAGAGGCAGACAAGGUCAAAGUACAUGAGAAAAACACGCCAGAAGUGGAAGGUACGUUUCACAAAAGAGAUCGGUUCUUUAGAAGCCUGGAUAUUUGUCACAAUAAGAAAGCUCAUAAUAACCAGUUCAAUACUCGUAUUGCAAAAAGAGCUCUUGUGGUAAAGAGGCCAGCUAGCAGCUUAAGUUAA